CAAGAGCCGCCCCAAGACCACCACACAUACACACAGGCUGUCCACACGUGCACACAAUAGUAUUCUAAUUGGCGAUUCCGAUUCAGUAGACGCACACGUCACUAUGGCACAAUGAGAUGACACAGCAGCCCGCCACAGUACCCAACUCACUCAUACGCGUACACAGUGUGAGUGCCUCUUGGACACCCAUAUAUAUCGAAUCGAGAACAAAUACACAGACACUAGCCCUAUCCUCAGACGUACCGAUGGCUCGAUGGCUGCACGCACGCAUCAUCAGUUCAGUUGGCGCAGAGGGGCGUCGCGUGGUGCAGUGGCCUCAACACAGUUGGGAUUGCAGUUGGCGAAACAGGCCGAUGUAGUGCAGCUGGACGCCGACGUCACCCACACGCAUAAGAAGACAGAGCCAGCAGCCAGCCAAUUGGGGGAUGAACUUAGACAGCCUACGAGCAUUACUCACCUGCUGCAGCACGGCUGGAGGUGGCGCAGAAGAGCGUCAUCGCCUGCAUCCACCAAUGGCCGAGAAAGGCACAGAUAGUGGAUUUCAUGAGUUGCUCCUGUGUCGGCCGGCGUCGUGUUGACUCACCGCCAUGGAUGUCGAGCGUCUGCUGGCCGCUCGCUCCUCUCAGCACAUUCCCGACACGGUCAUUCUGCACCACAUCACACUACAGCUGACUUCGCAGUGUCGGCCUUCCGCUCGUGUGUGUCUCACCUGUGCGAGUGAAGGCGUGGCCGGCAUAGCCAACAGCAUGCAGGCAAACCACAAGAGGCUCAUCUCCGACCUCUG